CACCAAUUAACAUAAGAUGAAGUAAUCGAUCCGAUGGUGGACAUGGAGGUUCUGCUUGAAUCAUGUUAGACAAUUGUACGGCAAGUGUUUGAUGACCAUCAUAAAAUAAUUGACUGAAAUCAAUAAUACACAUUGUUUGUAUUAAAUACAAAAUGGCCGAAGAACAUAAACUACAAUGUAUAAAUAAAAUUAAAUCGAAAAAAAGUAAUGUUCAGCACAACGUUAUAAAAACAUUAUUGUCAAAUGGUAAUUAUAUAUUAAGAAAACGGCAACCUAAAUUAAUUAGACAAGUUAACAGGGAUAUAUACGUGACAAAUAAAACAGAUUUCAAGGCACAAAUAAGCAAGUGUGAAAAACUGCUUAAUAUUGGUGUGUCUGAAAUAAUAAUUCAUGGGCUUGGUGCUGCUAUAGAUAGAGCAUGUAAUUUGGCACUUCAAUUAAAAGAAAUUCAUCAUAAUAGCUUGGACUUAGACAUUAAAACUUCUACUGCAGAACUUAUUGAUGACUUUGAACCACUUAAUGAUGAUUAUGAUUAUAAAGUGAAAAUGAGACGUAAUUCUGCCAUACAUAUUCGUGUUUUUAGGAAAGAAGCAAUGGGAAUAUUGCAGUGUAAAGCAAAAUGAAUUACAGUUUAGCAGAACAAA